AUGUUCUGGUUAUUUAUCUUAUCAUUGGUACUUCAUGUAUCAUGUCAACCAUUUUUUGGUUCACUACCUCCUCGUCCAACUACUGGUCAGUACAUAGUUUUUGUAAUAGACCUAUCUAUUGUAUCAAUAGGUGUUAGAUUGUUUCUUGGUGAGGAGAAUGCGACUAUUGCUAAUUUCUCAAUGAUAGUUGCUGGUCUGUUUCAUGAUAAAGAUAUAGAUCAAGCUGAUAAUGCUAUUGGUUUUCUUCUUGGUCCUGAUGGUCAGAAUGAUGGUUUGUGGUGUCAGAGUUCUCUUAAUCAGAAUAUGAUAGGAACAUGGUAUUAUCCUAAUGGAACAACUGUACCAUUGGGUUCUGGUAGUCCUCUGUUUGCUAACAACACUGCUACUGGUCAAAUUGGUUUGUUAAGAAAUGGAGGAAUAGGAAGUCUUCAAGGACUAUACAGUUGUGUUAUACCAAAUGGAGAGGGAAUUGAUCAGACAUUGUAUGUUGCUGCUUAUGGUAGUGGGGAUUUCCUUAUGGAUGGUGAACUCCCAAUGAUUGAUGGUAGUGAUCCCUCCUUCCAGCUCCUCUCAUCAGUUGAUGCUGAUCCUCCAGUGUUUAGUUUAUCAUUUACUGUUACUAAUAGAUCACCAACAAUAGUCACUUGCUCUGUUGAUAAUGGAAACCAGUUUAAUGUAUCUGAUAGUGAUCUGAUACGUACUGUAACACCAGUUAAUAAUGAUGUACAAGUAUCAGUAAUAUUUAGAAUGAGAGUGUCUGGCCUAUAUGCCUGUUCUGUUACUACUGACAGAAUUACAACUACACCUUUAGUAUCUACUAAUAUGGCAGUGAGAAAUAUUUCUGAAACUGGAUUUUCAUCAAACUCAACCUACAGUAGAAAUAGUCUUCUCUCAGUUACACUAGGCUGGUCUCCCUCAGCAGUGAUUAGUGCUACUCCUCAGUAUCAUGUCUUUGUUAAUAACACUAGUGUUAAUACAACAGGACGUAUUUUUGAGAGCGAUGAAAUUCAGUUAUUAUGUAUCGUCACUAUUACUCCACUAGACAUUGAACUUAAUGUUACCAUUAACUGGUUUGGACCUAAUGGACUCAUUACAAUGAAUGAUGCUAAGUAUAGCAUUAGUACUGGGAUAAUCAACUCAACAACUAUUGGAAGUAGUUUAAAUUUCACUGCAUCUCUAUCAGAUAAUGGAACUGAUUACUAUUGUACUGCUAGUGUUGGACCUGCUAGUAAUGUGAGUAGAUUUGAACUGAUUAUACCAUCAGAUACUGUUACAUCAACUAUUAAUAAUGUUAUGGUGGAAAUUGUACCACUACCAACAGUGUUAACUGAUAAUGCCGGUAUUCCAGUAACAGGAGGUUCAUUGCAGUUAGUGUGUACUGGAACUGCACCAGCUAAUGUAUCAAGUAUUGCUACUGUUAGUGUUCAAUGGCUUCUUAAUGGUACUGUGUUUACUAAUGAUACACUGGAAGGAGUCAAUGUUACUAAUAGUGGGUCUAUGGCCACAUUAUCAUUCAGUUCUCUUAAUGCUUCUACUCAUGAAAGAGAUGAUUAUACUUGUGAAGCUACUCUUAGUAUUCCUGAUGUACUAACAACUAAAACAGCAAGCAUUAUGUACAACCUCCUGACAUUAUCUAAUCCUAUUGUCUCUGUAUUUGCAAGUCUACCUGUUACUGCUAGUCUAUGGUAUUCAUUAAACUGUACUGUCACAAUAGUAGCUGGAGUCCUCAAUAUAACAUGGUUUAAUAGCAGUGGAACUGAAUUAAUAGAAGGAAAUGGAAUAAGUUUCAAUUUGGUGACUGUUUCUGAUACUGUACAAAGAUAUGAUUUGAUUUUUAAGUCACUUGACUAUUCAGAUAUUGGAGUGUAUACUUGUCAAGCUAGGCUUACUGUUGAUGAAGAUGGUAUUCUGUUUAAUGGAAAUGGAUCGGCUAUUACAACUGUUAGUAUAAGAAUACCUGUACCACAAGUAUCUAUAUCUCCUAGUGAUGAUUCUCCUUUUAUUCGUGGAACUGUUAGAACUGUUAGCUGUUCUGUUGUUUUCACUCCUCCUUUACCUACUAAUCCUAAUGUCUCAUUUACUGUCUUCAAAGAUGAUGAAGAAGUGCCACUUGUGAACAGUUCCAGAGUAAUAGCAGUUCAGACUGGAACUACUGGUGCUCUUACCUUUCAACCACUCAAUUUCUCUGAUGCUGGUAAUUAUACAUGUACUGCUACAACAAGAGAUGGUGCUAAUAAUCCAUUAAUAAUACCAAGCAGUGCUUCUGAUGAAUACAUUGCUACAGUACAAGCCAUUCCUAUUCCUAAUAUCACAUUCACUACUACUACUUGUAGAUCACUGGGAGAGAGUUUAACUUUUUAUUGUACAGUUGAUGUGCUAGAUGACCUAUACAAUAUUAAUGUUACUAGCAGUAUAGUGAAAAAUGGAGAACUUAUUACUAGUGCUACUGGAUCUGGUGAUACUACAGCAAUGAUUAGAGUUGAUUCAUUAAGGUCAUCUGAUGCUGGAGACUAUCAAUGUAUUGUUAAUAUCACUCAACCUGAUAUAGACUAUGAAUUUAAUGGAAUGGAAACUGCUCAAGUGAUACUUACAUUUGUACCUCCUAAUUUUGUCGAGAAUCUUACUAGUGUCAGAUGGACUUAUGAUUUAGAAGCAUCUCGAGAUGUUACUAGUGAAAACAAUGAUGCUACACUAGUACCGGUUGUUAGAAAUGGAAAUAUAUUUACCAGUGUACUUACACUUGAUCCAGUGAAGACAACUGAUGCUAGACAAUAUUACUGUCAAGCAACAAUUAUAGUUUUUGGUACUGUAGAUCGUACUAACAGAGAUUUAACUGUUCAAAUACCUCCUCCCAGUGUAUCAAUAGUUGCUGACCCUCCAACUGGUCCAAUAUAUGAGAGUACAAGUUACUUACUAACCUGUACAGCUACAGUAAACACUACAAUAGUGAAUACACCAGUAACUGCUAGUGUAGUAUGGACUGAUCCUAGUGGUAAUGUAAUACCAACUAAUGAUACAAGACAUCAAGUGACACCUCCAACUGGUAACAGUCUUGUAAGCAUGCUAUUGUUUCAACCUAUUGAUACUGGUCUUAAUAAUGAUGGAGGAACAUAUACCUGUCAAAUGAUCAUCAAUUCUGGCAACUCAUUAAUAGCAUCAAGUCAAAGUACUAAUACUACUCUUACUGUUACUGUUGAAAGUCUUCUUCCAAUGACAGUAAAUUUCUCAUCAGUUGGUUCAGUUGAAGUUGGUCAGAGUCUAACUAUAACAUGUACCAUAACAACAGUCGAGAGAUUAGUAGUAACACCAAUGAUUACUUUUAUCAAAAUGAAUGAUACAGAUAUGGAAAUGCUCUCUAACUUAAAUAGACCAUACAGUAUCACAACAGAUGAUACUGGUUCAGUUACUAACUAUACUCUAAUACUGGAUCCAGUGAGGUUUGAAGAUGCUGGAAUGUAUACAUGUAUAGCUGAGUUUAAUGUAACUGGUUUUAAUAAUACCAAUGAUCAUAGUACUGCUACUUAUGAUCAUCAAGAGGAUAGUGAUGUCUUUACUUUAACUGUUAACUUCCCUCCAGUACUUGUUACUAUAUCAAAGGAACAUGAUGAUAUAUUAUAUGCAGGGACACCAUUCUUCAUUAAAUGUGACAUAAUGUUAGAUCCAUUAGUUACUAUACCAGUGACUGUCACUAAUCAAUGGACACGUGAUGGUACUAAUGUUCCUAUGGGUUCAUCUGAUGAUACUAUUACUGAGGGUCUCAAUAUGAUCAAUACAUUACAUUAUAAUGCAACAUUAAUGUUCUAUCCAUUGGAUAAUGCUGAUGAUAGUGGAAUGUAUACUUGUAAUGUUGAAGUGACUGCUCCUAAUAGUUACAUGUAUCUCAGGAAUACAUCAGCUAAUGUUAAUACUUCUAUUACAGUUAUUGCUACUCCAGAGCCAGUGGUAGAGAUAGUAACUAUGGGCAUGGCUGAACCUGGUGAAGAAUACAUGUUAAAUUGUACAGUGACAGUUGUUGAUAGACUCAUAGUCUCACCAGUGAUAACAUGGACUAAGAGAUCAGCUAACAAUGUUAUUAGUGUACCUCCAGUUCUUAUGACUGUAUCUAAUGUAAUGAGUUCUCUUUAUUUGAGAUUCUCUUCUCUCAAUACUUCUGAUGCUGGUCUGUAUACUUGUGAAGCCUCCAUUAAUGUUAGUCAGAUAUCUAUGGUAACAGGGAAUAAUGACACAUCAAACUUACCAUUAGAAAUUCCCAUUCCAUCUGUUGAUGUGAGUCGAUCAAGAGAGAACUAUUUCUUAGCUGGCAGUAACCUGAUAUUAACAUGUGAUAUCAGUGUUGAUCCUAAUGUUGAUACACCAUUCACUGUUAACGUAACCUGGACCAUGACUGGUCCUAAUUCAAUGAGGCUUGUUGAUACAGAUCGCAUUAAUAUCAGUUCUGUUAUGGUGAGAUCAGGUUUCAAUGAGUAUAGAUCAACACUUAAUUUCACUACAUUGAGCAGUAUUGAGGAUUCUGGAACAUAUACAUGUAUUGUUACUAUAGUACCAGCUCCAGCUUAUGAAUAUGUAAUGACUUCUGAUACUAAUUAUAUGAAUGUUAACUUCACUGUUACUGAUCCAACGAUUGGAAGUUUUUCUGCCUCCCCUGACUCAUUCCUGGGUCUGGAGACAUCAUGUUCUGAUUCAGACCCAUAUGAUAACUUCACUCUUACCUGUACAGCCACUAAACCAACCAUAGUAAUACCAAACCUGGUAAUAGCAUGGACACAUAAUGGUACAAUAGAAACUGGUACUGUGACUACUACUGGAGGGAAUAUGACUACCACUGUUACUAAUACAUUGAGUUUUGACUCCAGUACUGCUUCUGAUUCUGGUACUUAUAGAUGUACUGCUAGUAUUACUGUACCUGAUUCAACUGAUAUCACUACUAGUGAGGAAAGUACUGUGACUAUAACUUCUCAGAGCCUACCAGUUCCUGCUACUAAUGUAACAGCUACUCCAGGAACAACUACUGCUGCUAUAUCAUUCAUAAUACCUAACAUUGCCUAUACACCUGAAACCUACAGUGUUAAGUAUACAGGAGCAAUCUUACAAACAACACAAGCAACUUCUAGCAUAAGAAUGAGCUCUGGUGACAUCACUGCAAUUAACCAAGAAUUUACAAUCAUGUUGACUGGCCUUGAGGAAGAUAACACUUAUACAUAUACAGUUGAUUCUACAAAUUGUCUUGGUACUACUAGUACUGUAGAGAUGAGCUUCAGAACAAUUCCAACAUUGCCAGUGGGGGAUCCAAUGAAUUGUGCUAAUAUAACAUUCUUACCACGUAAUGUCACACUUACCUGGACUGCACCAGCACUAAUAGAUCAAAAUGGAGCACCAGUUGGUUAUAAUUUAACAUGUAUAAAUACUAAUGGUGUAUCAGUCAAUGGAUUGAGCCCAACACAAUCUUCAACAAACACAAUGUUCACUAUUACUGAUGUUAUGCCUUUUACUGGUUACACUUGUUCUCUGUCAUUUAUUAAUGUAGUAGGAGAAGGACCCCCUACCCAGUGUACUUUUAAAACAGCUGAAAAUGAACCAAGUGAUAGUCCUCAGAAUUUCACUUCAAUACCUGAUAAAACUGCAAUUACUUUUACAUGGACUAGGCCAGCUACUCCUAAUGGAAUAAUCAUCAAAUAUACUCUAGCUGUUAUCAACUUAAAUACAAUGACAAUACAUAACUAUACAAUAAUUGUAUCUGUCAAUCAAACUACAGUGACAAAAUUAGUUGUUGGUUUCAGUCCAUAUCAGAAUUACACUGCUAGUGUUAGUGCUAGUACAAUCAUUGGAGCUGGACCAGUGGCUAUUACUGCAGGAAGAACACUACCAGACAGUCCUAGUUCACCUCAUCUGGUAGUGUCUCCAGUUGUCAUUAAUAGUUUAACAGUAGCUUAUACUGUAGCAGUUCUCAAUGAAACUACUAUCAAUAUAACAUGGAGUCCACCAUCUCAUCCUAAUGGAGAAAUCACUGGAUUUAUUGUUAGAAUAGCUACUGAUGCUAUUACUAGCCCUAAUAAUGUUCCAUUUGUGACUGGCAGAGCAUCAUAUUCACUAAUAUUUGGAGGAUUAAAGACAAGGAUACCUUAUUAUGUAUCAGUUGUAGCAGUCAAUCAAGUUGGUGAAGGAAAUUUAGCUACUGCUAUUGUUUUCACUAAAUCUGACAGUAGUGUUACAGUAUCACUUUCUAAUGUACAAGCAAUGAGAAUAGGAGAUACAAUAGUGUUAUCAUGGGAUCCAGUGACACUAGAAGAAGCUAAAGGAUUCUUUGUAUACAGUAUCAGAUUAACUCCUGAUGAUGGUAGCACUAGCAGUACAUUAAGACAAACUAAUACAAGAACUAUAUCAGUAGCUUAUGAUACCACAUCAGUUAAUAUAACUGAUACUGAACCACAGUUAGCUUAUACUGUGAGUAUUAGUGUAUUGCUAUUGAGUGAUGUAGGACUAAUUGAAGGACCAGCUGUGAUUGUAGUAUCUCCAUCAAACAAUACUGGUACUACUACUACCAGUACUGAUUCUACAUUCACAUCAAAGAUACCAUAUACAGUAUCUCCAUCAAACAAUGCUACUACUGCUACUAGUGCUGAUUCUACUAUUUCGGUGAUAUCAGCAACAGUUUCAGUUUUGAUUAUAGUUGCUUUGGUGUUGAUCAUUGUUAGUAUCAUUUUUGUAAUAAUUUAUAGGAAAAGAUCAAAGAAUUAUAAUAUAAGUAGUAAAACUGAUGACAUUGAUGUAACACCUAAUGCAGGAUAUGGUAUGAUUGAUAUUGUCAAGAAUACAGCCACAGAAAAUGAAGAUGGAGUCUAUGAAAGAAUGGGAGAUGAUCAGGUUUAUGAACAAUUAGAUGAACCUGAUCUGCUUGUUGCAAGAGAAAGUGCUGCUGACACUAGUAGUACAACAUAUGAAAAUACUACUACUGAGCCUAUUGUUACAGAGUCUGCUAGUCUUCAUGAAAAAGAGAAUGAUGAAAAUGUAUAUGAGCUGACUGAUACUACUUCAUUGUAAUAACUCUUCUAAUUUGGUGUGUAUAGCUACUUAGCAGUUUUAUCAUAACAAACAGACUGCAUGCAUGCCAUGACUGAAUGCAUGCCAUGACUGAAUGCAUAAUAGUUUGAUUUAGAUAGUUAUAAAUAAGUUCUUUGAAAUAAAA